UUUCGCGUAAUUUAUUAUAUAAAUAUCUUCGGAUAAUUAUUUACGCGCGAAUCUCGAUUUACUCUUAUUCUACAUAAAAUUUUUCGAAUCUUUCAUUUUAAGUCUAGUGAUUUGAAUGGUCAUCACGUGAUUGUCUAGUCACUGUUAUGUGCAAAUUUAUAACAUUUCGAACAAAAAGGGAGUAGUAUUACGGGAUCGUUAGAAAUAUAAGUAGGGUAUAAAAUUUAUUAAGAAAUUAAAGUAUCAUUAAUCUGGUUGAUUUAAUCGACGAUAAGAGCUUUCGAAUAUUCGCAUAGAACGGAAUUUGCCAAUCGUCAUCGUUUAAUGCAUUUCAUUACGCACGCUGCUGGAAUGCAGACGUAUGCGUAAAAACACUGCGAUGAUAUUUCGCAGGAUGUGUUCUGAAUUUAUUCAAGUUUGCUGACAAUCUGUGUUUAUUUUCGUUGAGAUACGUGCAUUCGUAAGAUAUACGAACGGAUACUCGUUAUCAGUGAAGUUCGGAACACGCCCCACACGCCGUUGAACCUGAACCGGCUGAACCCAACCCCUUGAUAUGUACAGAACGUAAUGUGUCAUUUUUCACGUGUUUCCGUGAACUUUUCGUGAACGGAGCGAAUUGUUAAAAGGAACACGACGGUAUCGCAUUUGGAUUUGAAAUACGAGAAUUAUCGUUGUUCCUCAGCAAGAUGUCGGGAACGCUGAAACCUUACCUGACAGCGGUAAGGCGAACACUUACCGCUGCUAUGUGUCUUGAGAAUUUCUCGUCCCAGAUAGUAGAGAAACACAACAAGCCUGAAGUCGAAGUGAGGGCCAGCAAGGAACUUCUUCUGACACCAAUAUUAAUAAGCAGAAAUGAUAAAGAAAAGGUGCUAAUUGAAUCGAGUAUAAACAGUAUGAGAAUAAGCAUCGCCGUGAAGCAGGCUGACGAUUUAGAGAAGAUUCUAUGCCACAACUUCACAAGAUUUAUGACGAUGAGAGCGGAGCAUUUCAUCAUUCUCAGGAGAAAGCCGGUAGAAGGUUAUGACAUUAGUUUUUUAAUUACAAACAUCCAUGUAGAACAAAUGUACAAACAUAAAAUCGUAGACUUUGUCAUUCAUUUCAUGGAGGAGAUCGACAGAGAGAUCAGCGAGAUGAAGUUAUCAAUGAACGCUAGAGCUCGCAUUUGUGCGGAAGAAUUUUUGAAAAGGUUUUAAUUUCUUGGACACAGUGUGUUACCAACAUAGCAAUAAUUGCAAAACGCCAGUUCGCUAAAAGGAAACAGUGCCCAUAAGUUAAGCCGGUUGAUUAAAUCGGGCGUAUAUUAUGGAUAAUUUCCUCUAACAUACCCGAAACGGCCCUUAUCCAACAACCGCCAAUCCCUGCUGUUCUCCAGUUAACGAAAAUCUAUUAAAAUAAAUUUUUCCACUUAAUCGAUGUUAUAUCCAGCCGUGUAACGAGUAACAAGUCUGACGUACAUGUAAGUACAGCAACGAUAUUAAUUGAACGCUCGCGUACAAAUAUCAGGUCGUUCAUUCUCCUAAAGAAGGAAACGAUAGGUGAAACUGGCAUUCGUUCAAAGAUCGUGCCGUUCUAAAACUAAUUCCCAAGUCCGCGGUAUAAAUAUCGAAAAUGAUGAAACCUGUGAAAAUCACAUUUGUAAAAUUUUCACACGACGAAGGUGACUGGUAUCGAUGGGAGGGAGAGAUAUAUCAAUGUAGACUUCUUUUUCGAGUCUAGAUCAUUUUUUCUUCUUAUAAUCGUCUUACGAACUUCAACGAUAAUCUGCCCACGGUGUGUGUAGAUUUUUACAUAUGCAAAAUAGAUAUAUAUAUAUAUACCAACGAAUAAAGUAUCACCAUUGACGAAUAUCUUUUCUUAUCAAGAUACUUCAGUGAUAUCCGUUGAAUCGUUACUUACAUAAUUAAACAAUAUCGUGGCGUAUUUUUACUUGAAGUUCAUAGUUAACGGGGGAGGAGAAUAUAAACACAGAUACACCGGGUACGAAGACGGGAAUACAGAAGCUUAUUUUGUCGAUUAUUAGGGACACUUUUUAUGGACGUAUAUACAAGGUGUUUGAAGCGUAAGCAAUUAUAAGAUCAACUGACGUCCACCAACACACAUAACACAUACAAACUGAUAUCCUAACACGUUGAACAACUGCCAAACAUCGUUUAGCAUAGCGAAAGAGGGACUGUAAUUACGAUUGUCUUAAUCAGUACGAUAGCGCUAAGGAACCAAGGGGUAUUCUUUAUUGUAAUUACGAGGAAAAAAAAAAAUAAUUUCAUUAUCUUUAUCGAUACUGUACAUUGUUUCGCGUGCGACGCGUGUGGAGCUAUUUGCACAUCGAUUUUCAUUUCUUUCGGGAUUUUUUAACGGUGAGACUAGCGGAUAGUUUCACGAGAGUAACUUCUUUUAUUUCUUCUCCUUUUACACGGUCAGACGAGCAAUUUGGCAAAUGCCUAAUCUGUUGUACAGAGCAGGAAAAUGUUGAAGUACGUGCUUCAUUUGAACAGUCGCGAACGCAAUGAGAAAGAGUGAGAGGGAGAAUGAAAGAGAGAAAGAGAGAGAGAGAAAGAGAAAUAGAGAUAGAGGCGGUGUAUGCGUAAAGCGUGCAAUUCCUUUUUUUGCAUUUAUAAAGUUCUAUUUAUCUUACGAGUCAUUGUAACCAUAUGAUUUAAUACUAAUGUAAAUAUAAAUAAACGAGAAGAAUCAUCGUGAGGAUUGUACCUUGAGCAUCCUUCAAACGGGAAACUAUUUCUUUUUUAUAGUUUCCAUGACAUGUAUGAUUCUUAAAUUAACUAUA